AGGCGCCAAAAUACCAAACUCCCGCGACAUUUUCCCACCAUGCAUCCUCUCCCUUUAUUUCUAACUCAUCUAACCUCUUUUUCACCUACGCCAUUUCACUCUCGCCGGCGCAAACACUAACAGUGGCGGAUCCAAAAUUUAAACACUGUAAAUCCUAAAGAUCCAUAUAUAUCUAACUCUAAAUAAUUCAGUUCAGAACAAUUCAUAUAGUUAUAUACGUACAUCUUUUUUUUGGAUCCGCCACUUAUCGAUAUGCAGGGCCGCCGUCCCCACCCAGCCACCUCUACACCUAUCUCCGAUGUUAUCCUUCCCAAGCGUGGCAAAAAGCGUGGUAAUUACAAUUGUGGCCGUUGUGGUGUACCCAAAAAAGGCCAUGUUUGUAAUUAUCCUAAGAACCUUAAUCCCAUUGAUAAUCCUAAUCCCACCAGUCCUAAUCCUAACCGCGAAUUAAUCAUUUUAUCUUCUCCACCCUCCGUUACUCGUCCUCAACCGCCACCUCAGCUGCCACGUCACGUACCACCACAGCUCCGACGAGCGCUUUCAUUUGAUGACAUUAGUGACUCACAUGGAUCUGAUGACGAAUCCGAUAAUGAAUCGGAUCUAUUCGGGUCCGGGUCGGGGGUAGGGAAGUUGCCGGGUAGUUGUUUAUGGGAAGUGUUUAAGAGAUUGACUCCACCGGAGUUGCUUUAUGCGGCUAGGGUUUGUAAGGCGUGGAGAGAAACUUCUAGAAGGAUCUGGAAGUAUGCUGAGGAGCUUAGACUUAGGGUUCCUGUAAAAGCCCAGAUUGGACUUGUCGGGUCGGUUUUGAAGAAGUGUCCUGGGCUUGUUAAGCUUUCUCUUAGAAUGGAAAGUGACAUUGAUGCUACCAUGCUGGCCUGCAUUGCAUUUUCCUGCCCUAAACUGUAUUCACUGGAGAUAUGUACAUCUGAUACCUCAGUCAAUCGGAUCACUGGGGAUGAGUUGGGCCGUUUUGUUGCUGAGAAAAGAUGUCUUACUAAUCUCAAGAUGGAAGGCUGCUCUAAUCUUGGGGGUUUUACUCUUUGUUCAACCAGUCUCUCAACUCUUUCGCUUUCAGAUCUCUAUUGUCAUGCAAAGAUGGUCUUUAACUGCCCCAACCUGAAGGAUAUUUCCUUGGAUUUUUCUCGGCAAGAAAAUGAUACCACUGAUCUUACUCUCAUGGUGGAUGGUCUUGGAAGGAGCUGUCCAAGGCUCCAGAAUAUUCAUAUUGCCUCUAUCCGCCUAACACAUGCUGUUGUGCUUGCUUUAACAGCAGCAAAUCUAAGGGGGUUACUGAUGCUCUCUCUUGUACUGGGGUCAGAGAUAACUGAUGCAUCUGUUGCAGCUAUCACUUCAAGCUACUCAAGCCUUGAGUUGCUUGAUUUGAGUGGGUCUAGCAUUAGUGAUAGUGGCAUUGGAAUGAUAUGCAAUGUAUAUCCCGAGACAUUGUCUAAACUUCUCCUUGCUCUUUGUCCAAAUAUCACUUCAAGUGGCAUUCAAUUUGCUGCAGCUCAGUUGCCUAAUCUAGAGCUCUUGGACUGUGGUAUGACCAUAUGUGAUCCUGAUUUGGACAAUCCAACAACUCAGGAAAAUAAUAAAAAACUGCACCGUAUAUAUCAAAAACUGAUUAUUAAACAUACCUGCUUGAAGAAAUUCAGCUUAUGGGGUUGCUCUGGCUUCGAUGCAUUAUAUCUAAAUUGCCCCGAACUUAACGAUUUGAACCUGAACUCUUGUACAAAUCUGAAUCCAGAGAGAUUGUUACUCCAGUGCCCCAAUCUGGAAAGUGUUCAUGCAUUAGGUUGCAAGGACACGUUGGUUGAAACCCUUCAGAAUCAGGUAUGCACAGAUUUUAUGGCUAUGGAAGAUCAUUUUCAUUGCAAGCGUCUUCCUGAUGGCUCUAAAAGGAUCAGAGUUCCACAUUUGUUCACCCCACAGCCAAUUGACAAGAAGAGAAAGAGGAUUACAAAGCGCAAUUGUACUGUGCUUGUAAAUUAGUCCAGUGCCUGUGGCAUUGUUGGUCUAGCACUCUAGCCCAACUUGUUGGUGUAUUAUUUGUGACUAUAGUUAUUGGAGGAAUAAAUGAUAAAACUAAUUCUGAAUAUCAAUAUAGGGAAGAGAAGCAAAGGAUACUGCUCUAAUUUUAUUCCCUCAAUCAAUAAACAGCGUUUGGCAUUAUGAAA